UAAAGUCUGAAUUGAAGCUUUAAUUCUACGUGCUUUGGGCCUGGACGAUCAGUACGAAUGAAACGUAACGUUGAAUAACACAAAAAGGCCUGAAAAGCGAUCGUGACGAGAACAAUUUAAAAAUUAACAAAAAAAAUUGCAGAAUUAAGUAAAACCGCGCGAAAUUAUAAGCAAGACUUCGUGAAAUGCAAUUGUAUUAAUAAAUAUAUAACAACGUCACACAUUUGUGCAAAUAUUAUUUGUGGCGUAAGUGACUCGGAAGAGUAGAUCAAGUUGGAUAGAUCACAUUGUGCAGGACACUUAAAUAAGUACGUGAUAAUUUAAAGUAGUAAAACUUCGAAAUGACUUCUAGAUCAGAGGAUGCACAUCCAGAAAUUACGGAAUCCGGAGAGAGAGAAAGAAAUACAGGAAAAAAUGAUGGAUUUGGCAGAUUAUUACUAAAAUUUCUAACCAUUUAUUGGAGAUCUUUUGUUGUGGUGUUAUGGCCAUUAAUCCUGAUUCCGAUAUUGAUCCUCGAAAGCGAAAACCCUCUCGCAAUGAAAUGUUUAUACAUCGUUGCGUUAAUGGCAAUGUUCUGGGUGACUGAGGUUCUGCCAUUGCCCAUCACGGGUAUGAUCCCGGUAGUCCUAUAUCCAUUGAUGGGAAUCAUGUCCACCAAUGAGACCUGUUUAUGCUACAUGAACGAUACCACAAUGAUGUUUCUGGGCAGUUUAGUAAUCGCAGUGGUAAUCGAGAAUUCCGGCUUGCACAUGCGAAUGGCGCUCCUCAUUAUCAGGACUAUUGGUUGCAGUCAUCGAAGACUAACAUUAGGUUUAUUCUUCGUAACGAUGUUUAUUUCGAUGUGGAUUUCGAACACUGCCGCUACAGCUAUGAUGAUACCGAUAAUGGAAACUGUUCUCAUAGAGCUCGAAGCGCAAGGACUUGGAAACAUGUUCAUACAGAAAGAGGGAGCUGUCGAAGAGGAGGGCGGAGAAACCAAGAGACCAACGCACAGUACCAUGGUCUAUUAUCUUGUCGCAGCUUACGCAUCCAGUCUCGGUGGUAUCGGCACUAUUGUCGGAAGUGGUACCAAUUUAACGUUGAAGGGCUUUUUAGAGAAACGUUUUCCUGAUAGUCCCGGCAUAAAUUUUGCUUCUUGGAUGUUGUAUGCAGUGCCACCCAUGCUAUUAAUGGGUUUGCUCACAUGGUUGUGGCUGCAGGUGAUGUACAUGGGUCUCUUUAGACCAGAAAGCAAAGAUGCUCGUGCCAUAGAUAUUGGACAACAGGGUGAGCGCGUCGCAGCGGCAGUUAUCGAAAAGAGGUACAAGGAACUUGGACCGAUCUCAUGGCAUGAGUCCUCCGUGGGUGUCUUAUUUAUUUUUGUAGUGCUCUUAUGGUUCUUCAGAAGCCCUGGUUUUAUGCCGGGCUGGGCCGCUUAUAUCACAAACUUGUCUGUUAAGGAUUCGACAGCAGCCGCGUGUGUAACGAUACUAUUUUUUAUUAUUCCGUCCAAGUUGGACUUUCUGUACGCAUUCAGCAAGGAUCCGCGUAAACGACCAACAAAAUCAUCGCUUGGUUUAAUAACAUGGAAGAUGAUAAAUGAGAAAAUGCAUUGGAGUUUAAUAUUUGUAUUAGGUGGUGGGUUUGCUAUCUCAGCAGGUAGCACUUCAUCGGGUCUGUCAGGGAUGCUUGGUCAGUACUUGAUAGGUCUGCAAAAGAUUAAUGUGGUGGCAAUAUUGCUAAUUGUCUGCUUCUUCGCCGAGAAUGUGACAGAACUAACGGCUAACGUGGCUGUCGCGAAUAUUAUACUGCCAGUAUUAGCGGAAAUGUGUGUGGCUAUUAAAAUACAUCCUUUAUAUCUAAUGCUGCCAGCGGCACUCUGUUGUUCCUUUUCGUUUCAUCUACCAGUCGGUACUCCACCAAAUGCAAUUGCUAGUGCCGCGGGACGUAUAAAGACAAAAGAUUUUAUGAUUGCUGGUAUUGGUCCCAGUAUUAUCACGCUGGUUAUUACUGCAAUAACGUUCUCCACUUGGGGUACAUACGUAUUUAAUUUAUCGGAAUUCCCCGAAUGGGCUACAUAGCAGUACUUACGCAGCGUAAAUUUCUUUUUAUUCAAUAUUUAUUUAUAUUUCAUUUUGCUAAAGAGCGAAGAAUUAUUUUUACAACGACAAGAGUACUACUCGCACCACAUUUUUUUAUUUUCUCCUCUAACCAAAUUCAUUUUCUAUAUAUUUUUUUACAAGUUUCAAAUAUAUGCAAUGUUUUUAAGGAAUAAACACAAUAGUAAAACAAUCUCAGUAAAAAGAAUAGACUGUAAAUCAAACCAUGCCUUGUGUGUCAGUAAUAUUAUCAUAGACAGAGUAUUGCCAUAUGUAUAUUGAAGAUAAUAAUGGGUGUAUGAUAUCUUUAGAACAGUUUCAUAUGUAAAGCGAUAUUAUUUUUUAUGAGAUAUUUUAUAUCCAAUUUAUAAUAUCAAGUACAUUCUCAAAUGAUAUUUUCUAUGAUGAUAUCUCAAUUAUAUUUUUGAGCUUAUAUAUAAUUGUUGCCUUAAUAAUUGUCUCAACAAUCAAAAACUAAUGACAAUAUCGAUAUCUAUGCCAAUCAAAAAGCAAUUUAUAUAUAUUUAUCUAUAUACUGUAAAAUUAUUUAUAUGUAUAUACUAUAAAAUAUUAUUACAUUCCUGAUACAUUAUCAUUAUCGUCAGAAAUGUACAGGGUAUUUUGUGUAUCUUUACCAGCUGAAAUAUUUCUGUUGCUUUUGAUGAUAUGAAAAACUGUCGUAGAUAUAAUAAAAAUUGUAUAAUUUGAGGGGACACUUAUCAGAAUAGCAAGUUUUUUCUUCCAGUCUCAUUGUUCUAUUAAAAUUUCUAAGAAAUUUUAAAA